AUGCCGUUCUUUGGUGUAGAUGACAUUCUCUUUUUACUGGCCUCGACAACGGCACUGCUGUGGGCGAAGCGGUCUGAUGUAGUGGAGUCUGGCGUCUACGUGGCAGUUAAGUACCUCACAGAUGACCGUCAAGAAGCUGCACGCCGUGCCGCAGCAGCGGGAGCUGCGCAAGGCGGCACCCCAACAUUGCUACUCAAGGGCUUCGACCUGCAGGCGGAGGCGACCCACCCGCUGUCCUUACAGAACUAUGCCACACGAGUGGAAACAGACCCCAACCCUUUGGUUUCAACUACGUUAAGCGCCACCCGCGCUGCUGAUAGAAGUGACGUGACCGCCUCGGUGCCGCUGUGUGUCAAGGAGAGUAUUUACGCGCAGUUCUGUGAAACUCCGGCGGUGCACCAACUGCCUCAAGUGCCGCACCGCCACUACAACUUUCACAAGCGGCGCCCUCACGUAUCCUUGCUUGCCACAGCUUCCGAGGAGGAUGUCAAAGAGUGCAUCUCGAGCUACUCGGUCGCUGAGGUGCAGUCGCUCUUCUCCAAGAUGGAGCGGGAGGCGUUGUGGGAGGCAGUCAUUCACGUUAGCUGCGGCAUUCAUCAGGCAGGGCAACAGCUGCGCUAUCUCAACCAGCACAAUGUGGAGUGUGCGCUUCGCACGCUGCUGAACACAUCUCACCCGGACGUGGCCCUCAUUUACUACUUCCGCUUUGGCGAAGACAUGCUCGUCUCGGACGAAAUCCUAGUGGCGCUCUUUUACGCCUGCCGGAACGACGAACAGCUCAGCCUAGAGCUGUGCCACGUGCUCCAGCCUUUCAAGCCGCAUUGGACCCCAGCGGUGUACGCUUGCUGUCUCACCACCACGGCACGCUUCGACUACAAGCAAGCCAUAGCGCUCUACCAUGCCUACAUGGCAGCACAACGCAGGCAGCAAGUAGCUUCGCAACGUACACUGCGACGCGUGCUGGCCUCCUCCUCGCUGCUCUGCGAGGCCGGAGUCGUGGCGGCGCCGGCACCGCUACAGCUGCACUACCUGUAUCACGUCAUUAUUCCACUGGUUGUCGCACGCGAUCCUGCUAGCGCGGACGCCUACGUGGCGGAUAUGCUGGUAAACGACCCGAAAGCAGCGCCGGAUGUGCUGCUCAAGUGUCUCGGUCUCCGAAAAGGUCAAGAGCUUGCCUGGAGAUAUCUUGACGACAUUACAAGCAGCAUCAGCAGAUCAACGGUGCCAGAGGAAGUCACAAAGUGGGUACUGGCACAGAGGAGCAUUCAGUGCACCGACGGCGCCCCUGCCGAUGUCGCUGGCCUAGCCAUUCACCUCUACCGACUGCGGCCGUCGGCUAUGAACAUGAAUACGCUGCUGAAGCUCUGCGCAGGGUCCUUGGAUGGGAGGGAGGGACCGGCAGGGAAAGCGGCCUCUGCCGACGCGUCAAAACACGAAUCGGUUGCCCCAGCGUCUCCAGCAAACGCCGCGUCUGUGUGUUCUGAACUCAUGAGGUUGGCGAGUGGGCGAGUGGUGGAGCUGACCUGCCUCCUGCAUCAUAUGCCUCUUCAAUCCCAGCUUGAUGCAGCCGUGUUGGCGCGCACCAUUACCGAGCAGCACGCCUCCUGGGGACUCGCUACGCAGUUCCUUUCUGUGAUGCUGCGGCGCAAGUGCUUCAACGUCGUACCAAGUCUUGCAACGCACGUGGCUCGCCAAGGACAGUGGGCGACGGCGGCCACGUCAAUGGCCAUCUAUCUCAGCAAUCAGCGGGCGGCUAUGACGGCAAAGGAGGCGAAGCUGUGUGUUGAAUCGUGCGUGCACGCGGGGCAGUGGGCCAGUGCUCUUUUCUGGGUGGAGCGGGCGCAUGCAAAAGGUGUCGCUCUCGGCGCCUCAACCUAUGACCUCGUACUCGGUGUGAGUCGCCACUGCAGCUUCGAGGCAGCGGAACGCGUUGUGAUGACAAUGCAUGCCGUCGGUGCGUCGUGCUCAGAGCAGGGAAUCUUUGACUUUAUGGAAACUGCCGCCCAUCACAGAAAGACGGCCAAUGCGCUCUGUGUUCUCAGGCAUCACAACCAUGUUCAAUAG